AAGCAUUGACGCUGGGCUGGGGUCGUCGUCCUCGUCUUCUUCAUCGGGCCGUCGUGAUCCUGAUCUGAUCCAUCUCCGCUCCUCUGCUCUCCUCUGCUUUGCUCACCCUUCGGCGGUGGCGGGGUUCUACAGUGCCGUGGUACUGCACCGUGGCAUUGAUUGCGAAUGGAUGGCGAAAUGAGUGUCCGACACAAAGUUGACCUAGAGCGCAUGCUGCUUGAUGGAAGUGCAGAGCCGACGUACCUACCAUUAUCCCUUUUAGAAGACAUCACAAACUGUUCCUCCGAUGAUCAGCGAAUUGGCAGCGGUGGGUUUGUGGUUGUUUAUAAGGGACUGCUGGGAAAGGGGGUGGUCGCUGUGAAGAAGUUGUCCAAAACAUUUGGUGUGCAGGAGAAUAAAUUCCAUAAAGAGGUUGAGUGCUUAGUGAAGGCCAAGCACAAAAACAUAAUGCGUUUCCUGGGAUAUUGUUCUGGCACGCAGGGGAUACCUGCAAACCACGAAGGGAAGUUUGUCAUGGCUGAGAUGCUUUUCAGGGACUUGAAUGGAUAAAGCGUUAUCAGAUAAUCAAGGGAAUAUGUGAGGGCUUACUUCAUCUUCACCAGAAGCGCAUACUCCACUUAGAUCUGAAGCCUGCUAAUAUAUUGCUAGAUGAUCUCAUGGUACCCAAAAUUGCUGAUUUUGGUCUAUCAAGGUGCCUUGAUAAAGAGCAAACCCGGGCUUCUACUGUGAACCCAUGUGUAUCGUUGUAAGCCAGUCGCUUGGAAACUCUUCUUCGUUUGGCACAAAUAUAUAUUUGCGUGCAGAUUCAUUGACCAGGAUUUAAGAUUCUUCUCAUAGGGGAUAUUCGGCACCAGAAUCCUUCGCCGGGAAAUUCACAUUCGCAUCAGACAUAUACAGCCUUGGUGUUAUCAUCGUAGAGAUACUUACAGGACAGAAGGGGUAUCCAGAAAAGGAGGAUGUAAGAAUAAUUCAAGCAUUUGCUCCAUGUUAA